CUUAUUGCAUCCCAGAAUUAUUGAUCUCAUUGAACAAUAUGGCAUCUGAAAAGUCAGGAGGGCAGGAAGAUGAUUCAGAAAAAUGGAUUCUUGAGAAUAUACACAUUGAUGGCAAGGAUGAUGUUACGGAAGAUGUAAAAAAACCAACUCCUUCGUCUAUGUCUUUCAAUGAGAGAUCCAGCAGUUUGAGGAAGAGGAAUGUGGUUACGAGCUCCGGCCCUAAGAUGGGAAGGACAGAAUCGGGUGCAAAGAGGGGCCUGAUGAGCCUCCGGUUUCUUGAUAGGGCCAAGACGGGGAAGGAGGAGGACGGGUGGAAGGCCAUUGAAAAGCGUUUCUGCGUGAAUUCCGUUGAUGACAGGCUGUUUAAGGACAAGUUUGGGGCCUGCAUUGGGAUGGGAGACAGCAAGGAAUUCGCAGGGGAGCUGUUCGAGGCGCUGGCAAGGCGUCGAAACAUCGCCACUGAGAAUGGGAUAGACUUGCUACAACUAAGGAAAUUUUGGGAAGACAUGACAAAUCAAGACUUGGAUGCAAGGCUUCAUAUAUUCUUUGACAUGUGUGACAAGAAUGGAGAUGGGAAGCUAUCAGAGGAUGAGGUGAAAGAGGUUCUAGUUAUGAGUGCAUCCGCGAACAAACUGUCAAAAUUCAAGCAAGAAGCCUCGACAUAUGCUGCAUUGAUCAUGGAGGAGCUAGAUCCUGAUAAUCAUGGAUAUGUAGAGAUGUGGCAACUCGAAGCACUUCUUAGAGGGAUGGUUGGAUCAGAAGAAAGCCAAAGAUCAGACAAGAAAGCAGACACACUAGCAAAAACCAUGAUCCCCAAAGAAUACAGUACUCCAGUCAGCCGGUUCCUGUCCAAGACCAAGGAGAGAUUCUUCGACAACUGGAAAAAGAUAUGGAUCAUCAUGCUAUGGCAGGGCACAAAUAUCUCCCUCUUCACUUGGAAGCUGAAUGCCUAUCAGCGGGUACCUGCUUUCCAAGUGCUUGGAUUCUGCCUCUGCUUCGCCAAGGCUGCAGCUGAGACAGUCAAGUUCAACAUGGCCCUCAUCCUCGUGCCCGUGUGCAGAAGAACUCUCACAAGGCUACGAGAGACAUUCCUUGGCCAAGUAAUCCCUUUUGAUGAAAACAUCAACUUCCACAAGCUGAUCUCAGUGGAGGUUAUGUUGGGCACCAUGGUUCAUAUAAUAAUGCACAUGAGCUGCAAUUUUGUCAGGAUAUCCAGCUGCCCUAAAGAUCAGUUUGAUACUAUUCUUGGACCAAUCUUCAAUUACAAGCAGCCGACUUAUAUGGAUUUGUUGUUAAGUAUUGAAGGGAUUACCGGCAUUAUAAUGAUACUUUUGAUGCUUUACACCUUCACAUUGGCAACUCACUCGUUUAGGCGGAAUGUGGUUAAGUUUCCGGGGCCUUUCCAUGGCUUGGCAGGGUUCAAUGCCUUCUGGUAUGCUCAUCAUCUGCUGGUUGUGGUUUAUAUCCUCUUGCUUGUCCAUGGCUGGUUCCUUUUCCUCACCCCAGAAUGGUAUAAGAAGACGACAUGGAUGUAUGUGUCAGUACCAAUGCUCGUCUACACCACUGAAAGAAUCCUCACACUCCAUGACAGAAACUACAGAGUUGACAUCAAUAGGGCUGUCAUAUAUACAGGAAAUGUAUUAGCCCUGUACAUGAGCAAGCCUCCUGGAUUCAGAUACAAGAGUGGGAUGUACCUAUUUGUCAAGUGUCCUGAUAUAUCUAACUUUGAAUGGCAUCCAUUCUCCAUCACUUCUGCACCAGACGACGACUAUCUGAGCGUCCAUGUACGGACAUUGGGAGACUGGACAACGGAGAUCAAGAAUCGCUUUGAAAAGGCGUGUGAGCCUCAAUCCGAGAAACAAAGUAGGGGAGAUCUGGUGAGAAUGGAAACUAAGGCAUACACAGAAACUCCACAAGAAUUCCCAAGAAUUGUCGUUAAAGGUCCUUACGGUGCACCUGCGCAGGAUUACAGGAAAUUCGACAUUCUUCUACUUGUUGGUUUAGGUAUUGGAGCUACUCCAUUCAUCAGCAUUAUCAAGGACAUAGUGAACAAUGAAUCACGCUCGGAACUACUAGAUGAGUUCCCUGCAGACAAGCGUGGUCCAGAGAGAGCAUACUUUUAUUGGGUGACGAGGGAGCAAGGGUCGUUUGACUGGUUCAAAGGCGUUAUGGAUGACAUUGCAGAAUAUGACCAUAAUCAAAUCGUAGAAAUGCACAACUACCUGACAAGCAUGUAUGAGGAAGGUGAUGCUCGAUCAGCGCUAAUAGCGAUGGUGCAGUCGCUGCAACAUGCCAAGAAUGGAAAGGACGUCGUUUCAGAUAGCAGGAUACGGACUCAUUUUGCACGUCCCAACUGGAGAAAAGUCUUCACUAAUUUAUCCAGUUUACAUCCUUCGAGUAGGAUAGGAGUGUUCUACUGUGGAAGUCCAAUGCUAACAAAGACACUCAAGGGGCUCUGCCAAGAAUUCACCAUGAAUUCAUCUACUCGGUUCAAUUUCCACAAGGAGAACUUCUAGAACUCUACGCGAUAAGUUGUCAAGAUUUUGAUAGAAAAGCUUGCAUGUUUGUGAUCAGCCCCAGCAUUCAUCCUCUGUGUGCAACUCUUCAUCGAUACGUCGUUGAAUCUUUCGAUUUUCAUUGUGAAAAAAUAGUC